UGCAGCAGGCAGAGGGGUUUAAAUGCCAGCCUACAGUUGCUCCACACCAGUUGUUCUCCACACGUCUUCCACUCAUCACAAACCCAGGCAAGACAGCCACACACACCUACACUCCGACACACACGCUUCAGGCGCAGGACCGAAGACCACAUACAAUAGAGCCGUUCCAGGAGAAGCAGGAAUCUUUGUCCCCUUUCAGACCACAGCGUUGUCCAGUAUGGAGCUUUUUGAGACCAACCCUUAUUUCUUCCCUGACCAGCGCUUCUACGAGGGAGGGGACGGCUACUUCCCCUCUCGUCUGCCUGGGGCGUAUGACCAAGGCGCCUACCAGGAUAGGAACUCCAUGAUGGGCUUGUGUGGGAAUCUGUCAGGGGGUGUUGGAGUCGGGGUGACAGGUACAGAGGACAAAGCCUCUCCGUCCAGCCUGUCACCUCACUCUGAAGCCCACUGCCCCGGACAGUGCCUGCCCUGGGCCUGUAAGCUGUGCAAAAGGAAGACAGUUACCAUGGACCGUCGGAGAGCAGCCACAAUGAGGGAGAAGAGGCGCCUGAAGAAGGUGAACGAAGCCUUUGAUGCUCUGAAGAGAAGCACUCUAAUGAACCCAAACCAGAGGCUGCCCAAGGUGGAGAUCUUGCGGAGUGCCAUCCAGUAUAUCGAAAGGCUGCAGGCCCUGGUGUCUUCCCUCAACCAGCAGGACACUGAGACGGGACAGCAGGGACUGCACUACCGACCCAGCGCGGCCCAACCCAGAGUGUCGUCGUCAAGCGAGCCCAGUUCGGGCAGCACCUGCUGCAGUAGCCCAGAGUGGAGCAGCACUCCCGAGCAGUGCACGCAGAGCUACAGCAGCGAGGAUCUCCUGAGUGCUGCUGACUCUCCAGAGCAGGGGAAUAUGCGUGCCCUGACUUCCAUCGUGGACAGCAUCUCUGCAGCAGACGGAGCUGUGGCCUUUCCUAUGGACAUUCCCAAAUAGACCCUCCGUACAGCGGACCCAUAGGUACACAAAGAGCCACAGACAAAAAGUGAAAAUGACAAUUGGCAAGGAAGGCUGACAGCUGGCCCUAAAUUCCAAUUCAAAUAGUUUUUCAGCUCUACUGAUCUAAGUGUCUUAUGCUAAAAUUAAAAAGCAGUGAUUUAUUUGAAUUGUAACUCUUUUGAUCAAUGGGUCUGCUAGCCAAACUGAAUUCCUCCUGUUCACAAUGAGGCCUUAUUCCCUUUAUUCCCUGCCUUAUCCCGUGGUCCAGACCUGUCUGUCAGAGCCACAGGAGCUUAGCCUAACUAGAGAUUCAAGGACUUUGCUGCAUGAACCCAACUAGUUACUAGAGUGAAUCUCUUUUAGACUCUGAUAGAGCCACAGAGGAAUGAUAAAGCCUGGUUUUCUCCUUACUUAAUUUAAGUUUUCCUCUUUUCGAUACCUUUCCCUGACCUUCUUUCAUUCUUUUUGUGUGUGUUUUUAUGCUUAAAAAACAUGAGUUUAUUUGUGGGGCCAAUAUGUACCAUGGCAGUUUUGACCAAGAUCUGCUUAAUUUAAACUGGUUAUGAAUGCUAGUGAUGUAAAUACGUUCCCUUUUUCUACAGAGUGGUUUUGCCAUUUUAUUUUUUAUUUUUUGCUAACUUAUUUUUGACUUUUAUAACUAAGAUUGUUGUGUAUUUGUAGAUGUCCAAUUCUUGCAAUAAAGACCAUUUUCAAUA